UCUGCUUGAAGUUUGCAGUUCGCUCUUCGUAGUCGUCGUCGUCGUCGUCUCUCUAUGUAUACACAUACAACACUGCAAAUUCACAAGUGGUGAAAUCACUGUGGAAUUCUGGAUGAUAUAGGAAUUGUGUUCAUAAUAUUUUUUACUUAGCCUUCUCAUUAUCCUGACAAUCUACUAGCAAUUAGCAAGCACCAUGGUGGACCAAGAAAUUAAGGACCCAGAAACGCUAGCUUCCAUAGAGGAAUUUUAUACAGAUCUGCAGCAGAGGACCGUGGUACUGGAUUCUGAAUCUAGUUUCAAAUUCAUUACCUCGCGCUCGACAGAGAAGACCUGCACAGACAUACAGAACCUGUGCGCUCUGAUGGAAAAACUCUGCCAGAUAUAUUACAUACCCACUAAAGGUGCUUUUCUCCGUAAGACUGAACUGAGCGUCAAAGCGUUCAUCUACCUUAUUUGUAACACAAACUUUGCCUCGCAAUAUUUGUUGGCUGAUGAUGUAAGAGUCGGCCAUUUGGUUGACAUUCAGCCGCCCUUCUCACCUUACCUGUUUAUUGAAAUUUUGUGGAGGAUACGAUUCGAUGAUCUUCUAGCAGAGUCAAUAUUACACUUCCCUUUGGAUCUGUGCAAUGAGAUACUUGAGGUUUUACCAAGGUGCAUUGAUCUACUCACAUUUCAGAGAGCUUCCAAGUUUUUAUCUAAUAUAGUACCCAAUAUCUAUAAAAAGCUCAUUCUGUUGAGAAAUAACGGUAGUCAGACUAAGGAUAUAGCUCAAAACUCAAAAAAACUAGCUGGAAAUUUUCAAGAACUUCUUUCACAGUUCAAUAAUGUCAAAUUUCUAAAAUUAAAGGACGUACCGAAAAAGUCGGACAGGUAUAGAAGAUACGGCAUACUCCUGAAAAUUUUGAUACAAACCGUCAGGAUGUGCGUCACUAGCAGGUCGAAGAAAAUCGAGAUCCCCAAGGACAUGGAGAAUCUGUACAAAUUGACGUUCGGUUGGCAGCUGUACGAGAAGCUCGACGACGGCUCGCUGCACGAGACCCUGUCGGAGAUCAAUCGGGAGCUGUUCAACGCCCUGCUGAAGCGCGUGAAGGAGAUCGACUGCAAUAUCUACAUGAACUGGACGGAGCACGACGACGAGGACAACUCGUCGAUGACGUUGCAACGAGCCAUCGGCCUAGAGUGUCACUUCUUCAUCGAGAACACGAGAGACGAGUACGGGGACGUGGCGGAGUACGGCCACCUGCUGGAGUGCCUCCAGCAGAUCGCGUCGAAACCUGACCCCGAGAACAACAUCGAAUCGAUGGACCUAACGGACCUGUGUCAUGGUGCUAAGGAGGGUAGACGAGACUGUAUCGUAGCUUUAUUUCGUAGAUAUAAGGACUGGGACGACUCGACGGUGGACGCGAUAGACAGCAACAUAUCCAGCUUGAGCAAGGAGGACUGCGAGCAAUUGCUCGAGCAUCUGGCCAACGAGCUCGCCCAAGAGCCGCAAGAAGACAGCAAUAGCGACAGCUGCGGCGGCGGCAGCAGCAGCACGGAAAAGCUGCAGACCUACUCGCUGUGCCUGGCCAAGGCGCUGGUCGCGCAGGACAUCGGCGACUUAUACGAGAUCACGAUCAAGUCGAUCAUGAGGUCGGAGGAUCGCGAGGCCGCGGAAGCCGAGCAGCAGCAGCAGCGCGUGGUGGACGCGAGCGACUUCGAGCGCUUCAUAACGCACAACUCAAGCUUCUCCAGUGCCAAGAAUCUGCGCGCGGUUCUUUUCUAUCUGUGCCUAAACACGAGGCCUACGCUGAAAAUUUUAUUGAAACUGUCAAUUGGACACGCGGACUAUCCGGGGGUCGCGGUCAGCCACGACGAUCUGAUGCUGCUGCUGCCGAUACUCAAGAUACGGACGCACAGCAAGAACGAGAGCCUGGUCGAGUCGCUGCACGCCAAGUGCUCGGAGAGGGAGGAAGGUAGCAAACUUCUCAACGAGAUGAGGUAUCUCAACAAGAAGCGCCUGAAUCAGUACAGAAAGUCGCCCAGCAGCGUCAGUCUGGUAAUCAGAGUUCUGCGCGAGAUCUGCGAGAACGAGCCGGCCUGGGAUCCGAACUGCCUCGCCUGGCUGCUGCAGAUGCUCUACGAGUUCUGCGAGCCCGCGGAGAUCGUCGGCGAGAUAUUCAUCCCACUGCUGCGCUGCACGCCCGACAAGUACAACACGGCCUUCUUCAAGUACUUCCUCGUCGAGCUGUACAAGCUCAAGGGCGGCUACACGCCGGACUGUCGCAACGCCUUGAUACGCGAGCUCGAGAUCAAGCUGGACUACCUGUACAGGUCGGAUCACCUGUGGAGGUAUUGCCGGGAGGAGCUGCUGCUGCUCGCCACGGCGGUGCUCGAGCAUCUGUUCUGCGAGGUGGAGCCCGCCGACCACGAGCCGUACGAGCACCUCGACUCGAAUUAUCUGCACGUGCUCCAGCCGUAUCCGACGACGUCGGCCGAGGACGAGCCGAUUUACAGGCUGACGCUGCUCGAGGCGCUCGGCCGAUUCGAUCAGCUGCGUCGAUCUCGCAUGACGGAGGAGGAGGAUUGCGAGCAGCAGCUACCGGACGGAGCCUCCGCGUCGUACUCGUUUACCGAGGACUUUUUGCGCUACGUCUUUCUCAAGUGCACGCGCGAACAGUUCAUACAGUACGGCAACGAGCUGCUGGACUCGACCGGCGAGAUCAUCGACUGCGCCGACAACAGCAAGCAGGCGUACUGCGACGCGCUCGUCAGGCUGACGUUCGAGACCAUGCUGUUCUGCCUGGAGUUCCCGCAGUGCACGGCACAGGACAGCCUGGUCUUUCUCGUCAACUGCCUCAAGGAGUUUCUUCCCAAAGUACAAAUACCCAAGAAGGACGCCUUUCAGAAGGGCAUCUGCCGCAGCCUCGACAAGCACGUGAUAAUACUCAAGGAAAGCGUGACGCAUACCGUCGUGGCGCCCACCUACGACUAUCUAAUCAUGGCGAUGGACGAGCACCCGCUGCAUCUGACGCACAAGCUGCGAGCCCUGGAGAUGUUCAGCUCCAAGUGUCGCAGCUACACCGAGCAGCUGCGCACGUACGCGGGCCCACACACGCCCCUCGGCCUAAGGUUGUGGCUGGCCCACGACCUCGUGCAGGAGGUGCUGGACAAGCAAGGCAAUAGCGAAAUUUUCAUGAGGAAGCUCGCCGAUUACUUCAAGACAGAGCAACAGCAGCGCCAGCAGCAGCAAGUCGACGAGGAGCCACCAACGACGACGACGACGACGACGACGGAGACGGCGACGACGACGAGUAGUAUUACCGAGGAGACCUCUUAAGACUGCGCGCGAGCAAUCGCUGCUAACUCUGUACAUUUGUAAUAUAUAUUUAAUACGUGGGAUAUAUGCAUGUAGCUCGUAAGUGUGGAUCUCUCUUUUCUAAUUUUUUAUAUGAACGUGUAUUUCGAAAGGAACAAGACGUUACGAUAUAUAUAAAAAAAAACAAAACAAACAUUAAUUCUAUAAUGAUGCGCAAAAUUCUCUUCUCGAUGUUUUUUAAAAUGAAAAAAAAAUCAAUACACAAACUAAGCAAGAAAUGGUAUGAAAAACAAUACAACAAUACUUUAAUGGAGAACAAAUUACU